ACCGGUUAGGAGUGGGAGACAUGCCCCGGCGGACCGGCUGGUGUGGGUUAGAAGAGGCCGGCCGAACGAGGGAGACGGUCCUUGGCACGCCUGCAGAGCGGAACCUGCAGCGUUCUUAAUUUGCAUCACUGUCCGCUCGGCAGUGGAAUUUCGCAGCUCCCAGUGCUCGGGUCUGGCAAGGCACAGAAGGCCCGCAGGCGCCGAGUUUUGAGGGAAUCGGCGGGCGAGCGUCUGAGAGGGAGCGGCAGGCCGUGUACCGAGUGUUCUACAAGACAAAGGGUAUGAUUUUGUGGUCACUGUAACUGACGGGAGUUUAGUAGGGUCGUUGCGUUAGUAGAGGAGGGUAAUGCGGGCUGGCGGAAAGAAAAAGCGAGCAGGGACGGGGAGUGGGGGAGGGAAAGGAGGAGGAGGAGGCGGAGAGGAGGGACGGGGGAGGGAAGAAAAUAUGUGGAAUUUUCGUGAAAAAAAUUCGCAUUGAAAACCCUAACAAGGAAAGGGUGGGUGAUGCGAGUAGCAACGCCAUAGCCAGAAGCUUGCAAGUUCACGACCAUAACACUUGGCCCCUGCAAAUGAAGUCCAGGUUUACGGACUGAGAUUUGGUGUCCCCAGUCGAGAAAAAAAGAGGUGGAUGCGGGUUUGGAAGAGCUUCUUGGUGGUGCAUUUGUCUGAUUUUAUUGCGCCGAAGGAAAUUUAUUACAAAUUUUUAAGAGAGGUGGACAGCUUCACGGCCUUCACCGAGACUGCCACAUUUGGACAUCAAAGACGGGCAUAUGCAUGGUGACUGACGUUGAUAGGCAAAGGUAUUGUCGGCAUUUCAACAAAGCUUUUGAAGGCCUUUUGAAGACGCAUGGGGAAGCAAGGCCCCUGCUGUCAUUGUUUCAUUUCAAGUCUUACAUUCUCUCAGUCUGAAAUGGUCCUUUGCCUCCUAAACUGAAACAGGACUUUAUGAUGGUCGUAAGGUCUGGUGUUCAAUGUUUAUAAGCCAGUAGUUAGUUUACGUAUAGAAACUUUUUCUGCAACCCAUGGAGUCGAUGGAUCCAUGUAGGGGAAUUUAUAAAAAUUGGGAAGGCUGCUCAUGUAAGCCGAAUGUAAGAUGCUUACGCUGCAUUGUGAAUGCAUAUUGAGUGUCUAGAGGGCCUAGUUGACCAACUCUAGGAAUAUUUGCAGCAACUCCUCUGUGGCGAAAUGGACCUCCAGAGAAACCAGUGCUCUGCAAUGCAUGCGGCUCACGAUGGAGAACAAAGGGUACUCUUCAAAAUUACAUGCCAAUGCAUUCAGGCGGCUUUUCAGCCAACACGGAGUCUUCUGCAGAUCUUAAGUGGUCACGGGGCAAGAAAGGCUCUCAUAAGCACGAGCAUAGGUCACAUAAACGAAAGGAGCCGUGUGAUGGUCGAGCAGAGCGAGACUCGACACAAAACCGAUCUGCAGAUCAAUCUCUUUCAAAGGGUUACGAGGAAGAUACGGUUUCUAGAUCGUGUUCGGGUUCAGGGAUGUGUGGUUCUGAAGGUUCUGUAAAGCGAGGGAGUUUUCCACCCAAAGAUCUGCCAGUCCUUGGAAACUUGUUGGUUGGAUUCGGCUGGGAAGUACCUGCUGUGCCCCAGAAAACUCGCAGUACCACGUCUACUCGGCGUCGAACGGCAUGUGAUGUACUUACCAGGAUUGCCAGAUCCUUCUCUUCACCAACUGUUGACCCCUUGUUAAUAGCACCACCUGCGCCAGGUGCAUCCAGCGACGCAGUACUUGUUGAAUACAAUAAACCCUCACUGGUGGCGGUAGAGAUAGGUCUCGGUAGUGUUUUUGUAAGGCAAUGUGUAUCAUUAGCGGAAGAACCAGAAUCGGAAUCCAGUUUAUUUUUAGUGGACAGCAGGGGCAAUGAGUCCUUUAAUGGUUUAGGGCACAGUGAGUCAGGAAGUGGAAUCCCUUUCAUACAGGAUUUUCAUGGAAUCGACAGAGGAUCAGUUUAUAGGGGGAAAGAUAAGGCAAAACAGGUUCCGAGAAAGCUGGAUGCGGGGCGUUUGCACAAUGACAAGAAUCUUGUACCCAAUAAAGCCCUUCUAGAGAAUUUUCCUUACAACAAGCGGGACGUUCUGCAGAGUUAUCAGUCUCCUUUAGUUUUUUUGGAGAUGAAAGAUAUAGUCAACUUUGACACUUUUACGGGCCUUCUGACGGAGCAAGAGCAAGGCCAGUUGAUGCAGUUUGUUUCUUCAGCGGAUGUAGCAAGAAUCCCUGAAAGCUUGAAGUCCAUGUUCAGUAGUGAUCAGUUCGAUGGGGCUCUUGCCAAUUUUCAACAUCUUCUUUCAGAGGGGAUGUUUGACGUGUCGGAGUUGAGUUCAAGCCCACGUGUGCUGCAACACUUUCAGCAGCUUCUACAAUUACCAGAAUUGACAAAAUCUGGAUGGUUGGAACGGUGUUCUCAGCUGCAAAAUCGGAACAAGCGGAGAGGAUCUGUAGAUAGUACAAAGGUGAACUCAACGAAGGAGACAAACAAAGAAAAAAUGAAAGCAUCACAUGUGCCGGGAGCUGCUUCAUCCGGAUCUAGUGGGUUUUCUGGAGCAAAGCUUCCUGUAGGACAUGCUUCCGAAAAAUCAGGCGAGGAACAUAAACCUACAAAGAGCCUUAGCUUCAGAGGCCCAGCAAUCUCGGCGACCUCCACGCUCUACAACACCAAUCCAGUGAAGCAUGGACUGAACAUCAAACCAGAGACCGGAAGCUCUUCCAAUGAGGCUGUGGCGACGGAAGCAGGUGUCAACACUGAAGGCCCUUGCUUCCCAGGCAACAGCCCGUUUCUCUCCACUGCAGAGAGGGAGCGGGCCAUUGGCGACGAGUAUAAUCUGGACAUGGGUGUUUUGGAUUGUAGUGAGACAGAUUCUCUUCUUUACAAUCUCCCGAACCCCAUGUCCUUCCAACAAGCAGAGCUGCUGCCGCAGCCAUCCUGGGAGAAGAAGUCCAUGAAAGAGGAAGAAGGUGAUGUAAAUCAACUGGAGAGCGGGGGCCUUAUAAUGAGCAAUACUUGGCACAUGGAUCCAAACCCUGCUGAAUGGGGUCUUUUUUGGAACAAUUCCAGCUCAUGCGUGGGGCCAGGACAGGCUUUACCAAGCGGAGCCGGCCUUAUUCCGGGUCGGAUGCUCAUGUGAUACGUAUCGUGACCUGCUUCGAAGUGCCAACACAAAGCCCUUCUUAUUUUUCAUCACCCCACUGUUUAUUUUGUUCAAAACUCACAGCCAUACUCUCAGCAGCCUCCACAAGAGCAAAGGACCUGUAGUCAUCCUUCUGCUUUUUGUGCUAAUGUAAUUUCAUCUCGUCCAAAGUUUUUCUUUGUUUACCCUCCCCUUUCCCAGCCAUACUAGGGGCAGGUAUAGUUGUUAAAGUUCCCUAUCAAGAGUGUACGAUAGCCUACCCGGAUUCAUCUAGAGCAACUGUGGUUGACCUCGUGACACGCAUACCUGUUUUGGUCAAGCCUCAAAGGAUAAGACAGCACUUCCAAUCAUGCACCAGAUCUGAUCAAUAGUUGCCCAAGCCUUCUAAUAAGUAGAGACGCCUCCUCUCUUGCAACCCGCUACUCGCCAUACUUGGUUAACCCCGGCUUUUACUGUGAAGAGACUACACGCGAUUUUGUUUUUGGGUCGUUCACAUGUGUCAGCUUUCCACCCUUCUAUGUAUCCACGCACUCAUGCAUGUCGGUUUUUUAUGGUGUGUCGUGGGAAUCUUCCUGCACCACCUGGUGGUACCAGUUUCUCACUGGUUAGACCCAUGAAUCAACACUAGUCUGUCAACGUUCCUCAUCGGAAGUGACCACGGCGGAGUGCACCCUUUUUUCCCAAGCCUGGGGCACGGCCCUAGGCGUAUGCAUCUUCAGCACGGUAUGACACUGGCCCAGUUCUGCGCAGGCGCUUAGUAGUGGAUCAGAACCUUUGUACUAAUAGAAGCCCAGAUGCUUUGUGCACAAAAUGAGGGGACUGGUGCUUAUGAAAAUAGUCCCUGAUUGUGAACCAAAUUUUGGUGUAUGAAAAGUUUCUUCGAAGAUAAACGAGAGCUCAUCAAGUCUUCUUUG